UUCUCGACCCACAAACGCACACAGAGAUAGCGAAAUAUCCAAUAUACAAAAUUCUGUUCUGUGUCAGAGGGCACGAUGGGACGACAGAAAGCGACUGCUUUGCAUUUACUGAGAGUCAUUACAAUGCUGAGAUCUUCAGGAUACAUGUCUUCCGCUGUGAGAUCCAGGAGGCGGUGAGUCGGAUAUUGUACAGUUUUGCAACAGCUUUCCGGCGUUCAUUGAAACAGACCCCUCUUACUGCUUCCAUCCCGCCCCAAACACCCGAUAGUGACAUUUUCACCUUUUCCGUGUCACUGGAGAUAAAGGAGGAUGACGGGAAGGGCUAUUUCAGUGCCGUUUCUAAGGAUAAGGACAAGCAGUGUUUCAGGUUACGCCAGGGCGUGGAAAAGAAGAUUGUUAUUUAUGUCCAGCAGACUUCGAACAAAGAACUUACUAUUGAGAGGUGCUUUGGGCUUCUCCUGAGUCCAGGUAGAGAUGUGCAGAACAGCGACAUGCAUCUGUUGGAACUGGAGUCUAUGGGCAAAAGCUCAGAUGGGAAAUCUUACAUCAUUACCGGGAGCUGGAACACAAAGUCCCCGCAUUUCCAGGCUGUGAAUGAAGAAACCCCAAAAGACAAGGUUCUCUAUAUGACCACAGCGGUAGAUCUGGUAAUUACAGAGGUGCAGGAGCCGGUGCGAUUCCUGUUGGAAACCAAGGUUCGGGUCUGCUCUGCCAGUGAGCGUCUCUACUGGCCUUUUAGCAAAAGGAGUUCUACGGAAAACUUCUUCCUCAAACUAAAACAGAGUGAAAGGAAAGAGCGGAAGAGCAGCUGCGACACAUUUUAUGAGGUCAUCUGCUUAGAAAGCGAAUCAGAGAGGGAGAGGAGGAAAACUACUGCCAGUCCAUCACUCCGACUUUCUCAGUGUGGCCCGCAUGGAACAAACAUACCUUCACCUCCAGAGGAUGAUGAAGAAGAAGAUAACGAUGAGCCACUUUUGAGCGGGUCUGGCGAUGUGUCCAAAGAAUGUGCAGAGAAAAUCCUCGAAACUUGGGGAGAUCUAUUGUCAAAAUGGCACUUGAAUCUGAAAGUGCGCCCCAAGCAGCUCUCCACACUGGUAAGGAGUGGUGUACCAGAGGCCCUAAGGGGAGAGGUGUGGCAACUGCUUGCAGGGUGGGACAACAGUGACCAGCUGGUGGAGAAAUACAGACUGCUCAUCACUAAAGAGUCUCCACAGGACAGCGCCAUCACACGGGACAUCAACAGAACGUUUCCGGCUCAUGACUACUUUAAAGACACUGGUGGAGAUGGUCAGGACUCCCUGUAUAAAAUCUGCAAGGCUUAUUCUGUAUAUGAUGAAGAGAUUGGGUAUUGCCAAGGACAGUCCUUCCUGGCUGCUGUGCUCUUGUUACAUAUGCCUGAAGAACAAGCUUUCAGCGUCCUGGUCAAAAUCAUGUUCGAUUACGGACUCAGGGAACUUUUCAAACAGAACUUUGAAGAUCUGCACUGCAAGUUUUAUCAAUUGGAGCGCCUGAUGCAGGAAUACAUUGCAGACUUGUACACACACUUCCUGGAGAUCAGCCUAGAAGCUCACAUGUAUGCUUCACAAUGGUUUCUGACGCUCUUCACGGCCAAGUUCCCUCUAUACAUGGUCUUCCACAUCAUCGACUUGCUUCUGUGUGAGGGAAUAAGUGUCAUAUUUAAUGUUGCACUGGGGUUAUUAAAAACCUCGAAGGAUGACCUCCUUCUUACAGAUUUUGAGGGUGCUCUAAAAUUCUUCCGCGUUCAGCUUCCAAAGCGCUAUCGUUCUGAGGAUAAUGCUAAGAAGCUGAUGGAGCUGGCUUGCAGCUUAAAGAUCAGCCAGAAAAAAUUAAAGAAAUACGAGCGGGAAUACCACAUGAUGCGGGAGCAGCAGGCAGAGCAGGAAGACCCCUUGGAGAGAUUUGAGAGAGAAAACAAGCGUCUUCAGGAAGCAAAUAUGAGGCUGGAGCAAGAAAACGAUGAUCUGGCUCAUGAAUUAGUUACAAGCAAGAUUGCCCUGCGCAAGGAUCUGGAUAAUGCAGAAGAGAAGGCUGAUGCUCUGAACAAGGAGUUACUGAUGACUAAACAAAAACUGAUUGAUGCAGAGGAGGAGAAGAGACGCCUGGCAGAAGAAUCUGGACAGCUGAAGGAAAUGUGCCGUAGAGAACUGGAUAAAGCUGAGUCUGAAAUUAAGAAAAACAACUCUAUCAUUGGGGAUUACAAGCAGAUAUGUUCCCAACUGAGCGACCGACUAGAAAAGCAGCAGUCUUCUAACAAAGCUGAAAUUGAGAAAAUCCGGCAAAAGGUUGAUGGUUGCGAGCACUGCAGAGAGUUCUUCAACACAGAGGGCCGAGUGAAAUUGGUCAGUGCCAUCAAGGAGAACUCCACUGAAGAGGACACAGAUGAGGAGAAGGAGAGUCUGAAGAACCAGCUACGAGAAAUGGAGCUAGAAUUGGCCCAGACCAAGCUUCAACUUGUAGAAGCAGAGUGUAAAAUACAGGAUCUGGAGCAUCAUCUUGGUCUUGCCCUAAAUGAAGUGCAAGCAGCAAAGAAGACCUGGUUCAACAGGACCAUCAGCUCCAUAAAAACAGCCACUGGAGUGCAAGGGAAAGAGACCUCUUAACACCCCCAUCUCUUAAAAUGAAGUCUUUCUAAAAACAUGAUACCUUCUGUUGCCUUUCCCUGGCCAGAUCUUUUGGUUUGCCUAUAUGUAAGAGGACCAGGAGUACAGCAUGGCAGAAUGGUAGUAGGUCAGUGCUUGUCAAGUCACAUGUAAGAAUAGUCCACUCUGACCCCUACUAAUACUUUUGCAGUCCAUGUAGAAUGGAUCCCGACACUAACUGUACUGAGGAGGGUGAGAGAGGCUGUGGGCUAAGUGAUAGUACUGCAGCCUUCCAUGAUCCGCCCAAUGCACUAUGGGUUCCAUUUUGCCAUUUUUAAAUGAUCUAUGAUAGCAAAUCAUUUUUAAAAUAUAAAUGAAAUCAGGGGCAAUUAGGCUUCUGUAUAUGCAAGAUAGUUUUAGAUUUCAUUAUGUGAUUGAGCUUACACAAGGAACUCUAUGCUGUGGAGUCAUGGGGUGAUGGCUUGUGGCCACUGAGCAUUCUCACUGUAGCUUCACUUCUAGAUCAUCAACUACUUACCAAUUAAUAUCAGAAUGUGUUCUGUUUUGGAAUAUUGCUGCACAUGUUUCUUACAUCUCAAGGUUAUUGUCUGUGGGACCUGAAAUGCAUUAAUGACCAUUGUAAUACCAGCUCCUUUAGUUAUGGGUGGCUACAUGCCUAUAACAAGGGAAGUUGGACCUGUCCACUUCGGAGAUACAAUAUUGUAUUGGCAUAACCUAAGGCCUCAUGGCAACCCUAUUCUGUACCGAAACACACAACUUUAAAAGAACAAAAUGAAGGUACGAACUUCUAAUCAUCCUUCACAUAAAUAACAAGUACCAAAUGUUUUUAUUUUUACAGCAGAAGGACGUAAUGUUGAGCUCUGUAUUCACAUGGAAAGAGUCACAAGGAGAAUUGGCCUCUCAUGCUAACCUGAUGUCUAGAGCAGGCGACUGUUAUCUAUAUACUCUAGUCUACAUCAUGUUGAGGUUGAAUAACGCCAUCUUAGUAUGAUAUCCUUUCUAUAGCAGCAAAUGCCCAUGUUGCAGACACAGUGCACUUGUCUACACUGUUUAGCUUGGCGUUUAUCCGUGUUUAACACCCUCAGUCUCUGAUGUAUUGUACAGAUACGGAAACGGUCCUUGUGAAGCAGCAGGAGUGUCCUGAGAGCACCUGUCUGUUACAGCUCUGAAUGGUGCUUUGUGCUCUUCUCUCUGACCCUUUAAAGCCCCCCCUGUCUGUCUUUCUGGAGGUGUAUGUUUGUCCAUUUCACGCCUCACAACUGCUGUUAUAGAAUUUGUAUAAAACUCGUUAAUCUCUUAACUCUGUGUCUGCCUGUGGUGCAUUGGACAGCAAUUAUUGGAUGCCUCGUACGAUUUCCAAAGUCAGGGGCCACUAAAUAUCGAAUGCUGCAGAGAAAUGCAACAUCCUGGACAGAGGGCUUCAAUCGAUCUCCAGCAAUUUUGGGACUACAUCUAACUUUUUUCCUGCUUCUAACAAGGCAUUCUAAAAUUGCUUCCACUAAUGGGGCGAGUCAACAGCAGUGUGGGGUCUGCACUUUAGUUGCUAACCACAAAGCACGUGUCAUUCCUUGGAGUUUAUAAUGUUGUGUAGAAGUUAGAUGUAGAAUGGCAAUUUUGCAUCUUGUAUUUUUUUUUUUAUUAUUAUUUUCUUGUUUAAUUUAUACUUGUUUGCGUUUUGCUGCCAUUUAUUGCAACAGUGAUCAUUUUGAGGUAUACGCAGGCUACACUAAGGCACUGGUAUGUGUGUAUAUACAGUAUAUAAAAAGUUUGGUUAAUUUUGUAUAUCUACUUUUUUUUAUUUUUUAGUUUCUGUACCAACGCUAGCUACUGUAAAAGUUAUAUAUCUAAAAACAUAACAUGAACUGCUAAAUAUUUCCACCCCAGACCUGCUACAUUUGUCUUAUUUUAAAAAUAUGAAACUUACUGUUCUUAGUUCAGAAGUGUGCAAAUAGUGCUGGUGUAGGUGCAGUGUGUAUCCGAUGAACUAAAAUAUAUAAAGUACUAUUCAAUUGGACAACUGAAUGCUCUGCUUCAUUGUUUCAGGGCUUUAAGGACAUGAGCACAGUGUAUUGGAAUGUAGGAAAGUUUGGCAAAGGAAAAGUGGCCCACACAAAUGACUAUUCUAAGGAAACAUAGUUAAUCUUGGUGGUUUAUAUUUAAUUUCUGUCUUAUUUCACACAGUUGGUAAUCCUACUGCUUGAGCAGAGCGCAGAGUGACAGGAUCAUGUGCUGUGUUGUAUACACACAUGGUUGGACAAAUAAUGAGAUUGCUCUGAGGCCGCCCAGACGAACCGCUUUAUUAGUGCCUGUUAGUGCUGUUUGCAGCCUGACUUCACAUGCGGCCUAAUAGUGGUUUAUGUGCCAAACGCAUUAAACCAGAGUCUUUCUGUGGAGCCCAGGUAGUUAAGGAGUUCUAUGCCCCCUGUGCUCCCGAAACUGAUCUGUCAUCUACAGUAUGUUGCGGUGUACAGAGAAUUUUAAAAAUGAGUUUCUGUUGUAACAUAUCUGAAAACCCCACAGCAUCAGUCACAUCCUAAACUCAGAGACAUAAAGAGAAGAGCAUUUGGGGAUGCACUAUGAUUUUAGUGAGCAGUGAAAGGAGUGUUUUGUUCAAAAGGAUCCAUGAAAUACAAUAAAUGUAAUCCCCUUUUAAAACGCCAUGCAAAAAAGGUAUUCACACAAAUGGUGUACAGUAAGUUUCUGGAUGCACAAAAAGUAUUAUAGUUACAAAUAAAAUUAACAUAACAUUUUUCAGAGUAUUUGCAAGAGGAGUCUAUGCAAAGUUGCCUGCGCUCAGAUCACUUGGUGAAGCCGUUGGACCAGUCCAAAGCAGGUAUCUCUUCUACAUGCUGGAUGAAGGUCUCAACUGCAGCUUCUGGGGAUUCAAAACAAAACCCACGUUUGAUUUGUGGGAACACAAAGAAGACAAAGGAAGCUAGGCCUGGACUGCACAGUGGAUGAACUUAUGUAUGCUUUCAUGGGACAGAAAAUCCACCACUUUCUUGGACUUGUGGGCAAGUGUAAUGUGGUGAUGGAGAAGGGCACCAAUAGCGUAAGUUCUUGGAUGGCACCUGGAAAUGGCUUCCAGCACUUGCGGCAGGCAUUGGAUGGUGUACGAGUGUCCAGUGAAUGCGUGCUAGUGCACGAGUGACACGAUAGCUACAUGACCAGUCUUGGCCACAGAAACAGCCACCAUCUGCUUGGCCAAGCUGCGCUCAAGUUGGACCUUCUGUUGGACUGGGGUCCAAGUUGGACUGGGGUCUGGGGACCGACUGGACUUGAGGUCAAAACUGUAGAUCCAGGAUUCAUCGUCACUGAUAAUCUCACAGAGUGAGUGACUGCCAUAAAAGCUGUUCAGCAUAUUGCAGCACCAAGUCACCCAAGCCUCCUUAUGCACUUGAGUCAGCUAAUAGGCACCCAGCGUGCAGAAACCUUACUUUAGGUCAAGCUCCUUAAUAUCAAAUGUUUGGUUCCCAAUGAGAUACCUAUCAUUCUCUAACUGGGCUGCGGUCAUCCUGGCAUCCACCUCAUCUAUGGCCUGCACAGCAGCAAUAUUGUCCUCAGUGAUAGCGGACACAGGUCUGCCACAUUGCUCCGCAUCUUCCAGGAACUGUCUCCGGUGCUAAAAUUCAGCAAAUCACUCAAACACAGUAGUUCAGAACUGUGCUUCCUCCCCAAAAGCAGCUUGCUGUCGGUCAGAAAUCUACUGCUGUAGUAAAAGAUCAUGGCUCCCCAGUGGCCUUUGUUUUGAACUCCAUAAUGAGUUUGUGAAGGAAGUGAACAUGCUGUUGUCUUAUGUGUGCAGUGCUGCUCAUAUAUGGUUCUGUGCCUUGACAUGUCACAAGAACUUUAGUCAGAGGUUAUAGUUCACAACCAGUCAGUUUGCAGUGCACCAAUGCACUGCACAUCCAGAAACUUAUUGCACACCCCUCGUAGAUUACUCGUAAAAGUUGUCAAUAUGCAUUUUAUAUUAUAUCAGCUGUGGUCACUAGAAGCUCCCCUAGAAGGAUGAUGAGCGCUCUCAUUAAAAUAUGUUUAUACCUCUUUAAAGAAGUAAAGACUGCUGCAGUGUUGAGUCACUUGUUCAUUUGUAAGUUUAUUGUCAAAUGAAUUGUUUGUAUAGUACUACAAAUGAUAAAGAAUCAUUUGAGUGAAAAUCUUGUAACAGAUAAUGAAACAGAAGGCACUUGCUUUAUUGCUGCCCUGCAUUUUAUAUUCUUCUGCAAGCAUAAAAAUAUAUUUGUGGUUACGUUACUUCAAUAUAUGUUAGCACUGAACCGUGAUUAUUUGAAAGCAAAGUAAACCCACAAAGUGUAUUUUACUGCAGACAAUGCUAAAGGCAAAAAGAAUAAAUCUGUUCCAGCACUUCUACAAAGUCUGGUCUUUACCAACCUUGUACACAGAAUGCACCCCUCACCAUGUAGCAUCUGCUCUUUAUUAUUUCACCACUCGCAGAGGCGUCUUAAUUCCAUGUCUGCCUGAUAUACCUUGGAUUUCUGAAAAGCACCUUCAUGUACAGUACAAGGCCUAAAUAUGCCCCAGCAGUGAUGGUCCUUGUGACUUUUCUUUCUGACACUAAAUUUACGUUUUCUCUAGUUUAGAGGGUUUCUUUCUCACCACCCCAACCUUUAUAAUCAUACUCCAUAAGUAUAGGAAGGUGAAUGCCAAGAGUCAUGAUCUAACUCCAAUAGAAAAUCUGUGGAUGGACUGUUAGAGCAGUCCAUUGCCGCUCUUAUGUGACUGAACUUAAAGAAUUCUGCACGGAAGAAUGGUCAACUAUUCCCAAAUCUAUUGUAGGUGCUAAAAGCUGGAAGAGACAUAUCCAAACAGACUGAUGUAGUUACAGCAAAAGGUGGCUCUGCAGAGUAUUAAAUCAGGGGACUGAUCACUUUUCCAACACUGUUAUUCUAGGUUUGUUUUUUUAUUAAUUUUCAGAACUGAUGCCUUUUUCCUUAGUUGAAUGUUGUAAGGCAAAAUGUGUAAAUAAAGCUGGAAAAAGUU